UAAUGUGAAAGGUCGCAGCUGGGCUUCGCAAGCGAGCUGCUCAGAAGAACUUGUGGUCCCAUGUACCGAAAAAGACGUUAUCUUGUCUCAACGAGGGUGGUAGCUGGGAUUGAGCUGCCAGCGCCGUUCAUUCUCGACGUCUGCCAAGCUCGAAGACUUGACCCGAUGAUCUCUCAUCUCAGCCUGUGAGCCACUUGUUAGACAUUCAUCUGCUACGCUUAAAAUAGGGGUUCCCUCUCUUGAGUGCCUGCUGCGCACCCCUACCUCUCCAUGUACCCGUGAAUGGAACGAGCCAGUCUUUGCCUUUGUUACACACUGUACAUGAGUGGUCGAGAUAAGAGGCUUCCAAAACAAGGCUUGCCAGGCCAAGAUGGGCUGUUUUUCGCGACUGGACACUAAAAACGGACUAUAAAUUUGGAUAUUCCCCUUGUUUUGAACUUGAUGAUGCCUUAUUUUAUGAUUUGAUAGAUGCAGAGAUAAUCAUUCAAACUGACGGUCACUGCCGUAUUCAUCAAGACAGACACGGGACCGGGAACACCGCCCUCUGGAGCCAAAACAUUGAAAAUGGAUACCGACGGUGCUCCCGAAAAUGCUGAUGAUAAUGGGGGGUUCCCAGUUACUCCGCAGCCUCAGAACCAAAGCACAAGAAGCAGUAAAAGCUCGAAGAACAAAUACCGUGACCGGGACACGGACGAAGACAGCGAGCGUGGUCACAGGGGGCGACGUGGUCGGCGACAUCGAAACCGAGAGGAUUCAGAGAAUGAUGGAGAAAAUAGGAGACACAGCAAAAGACAUUCUCAUGUAGAACGAUCAGUAACCAUAGCAACGCACGGAGCUACAACUGACGAGGACAGAGAUGAGGUAAUUGAGGUGCAGAUCCUACCUCAAGAUGACAACUGGGGUGACAACACUACUGCCAUCACCGGCACGUCAGAUCGAUCGUCUGAUGAGGAUCUCUCUAGGCUGGCAAAGAGCAUGGAUUCAAGCAUCGGUUUUGACUGCACACGAUACUUUCCCAUCGUCCUCUUUGCUGUGUUAUCCCUCGUCGGUUUCGUCUCUCCGGUAGCCUUUGUCGUGAUUCCGCCACUUCUAUGGGAACCUGGCGAUUGCGGCAUCCACUGCGAUGGACUCUUCAUCAGCAUGGCUUUCAAGUUAGUCAUCCUUGCAGUUGGAAGCUGGGCGCUGUUCUUCCGCAAACCCAGAUCAACGAUGCCGCGAGUCUACCUCUACCGCCUCGUCAUGAUGGUGGCCAUCUUUGUGCUGCUCUUGGCAUACUGGCUCUUCUUCAUCAUGCGUGUUGUGUUGCCACAAGACACCAACUACGCCGCGAUUGUCUCGUAUGCAGUGUCAUUGGCUGAUGCUUUGCUCUUCAUGCAUUAUAUAGCAGUAAUAAUGUUCGAGUUGCGGCAUCUCCAGCCCAUGUAUAUGCUGAAGGUUGUCCGCUCACCAGAUGGUAUGAGUCGUUACUACUCGAUAGGUCAGCUCAGCAUCCAGCGGAGCGCCGCUCAUGUCUUAGAACACUAUUAUCGUGACUUUCAAAUUUACAAUUCUCACCUUCUUCGUGUGCCAACAACAUCGCGUGUGGCCCAGAAGCUAAGUAACUUUAAAUUUUAUGAUGUGGACGGUGGCGGAGGCAAUGAUAACGUCACCGGUCAUUCGCGGGCAAUUAUGACCACUGCUGCGCAUCGGCGUGAUCAGAGCAGGAAUGAGAGGUUCUAUGAAGAGCAGGAGUACGAGAGGCGUGUCAAAAAGCGCAAGGCAAGGUUGCUCGUUGCGGCGGAAGAAGCCUUCACGCACAUCAAGCGUGUUCAUGAAGACACGCAUCCAGGCAAUCAUGCAAUGGAUCCAACGGAAGCAGCACAGUCUAUCUUUCCAUCGAUAGCCCGCCCUCUACAGAAAUACCUACGCAUCACUCGACAGCAACCGAGAUGGCCUAUGGACGCUGUCAUGGAUCAUCUUGCUGUCUGUAUCAGCUACAAUCUGGCUCCGCGAUCCUUCCUGGAGACCUUCUUUCAACCUGGUCCCAACGUUCUUUUAUCGGAACACCAUCACAACCCUGUUCAAGGUUGGGAACUGGUUUCUGACACCCAGGUGAAUGGCGCCCUCAAGGAGGGAACAACCUUUCAACUCAGACAGGGUGAGGUCCUGCUCCAGGUAUUUGUCAUGAAGAUACCUCACUAUAAGAUCAGAGAAGAAGUCUUUGACUACAAGAAGAAUCGCUUUGCGCUGCGCCUUCAGUCUGAGACAUCAGUCUGAUCUAAAAACCUUGAAGAUGCUGCUUUAAAAACCCUGACAAGGUAAAAGAGUAUGGACGAACUCAGUCAUUGUUGUAAAUGGUCGUUGAUGUCUUCAAAGUAUUUGAUCUGCUUCAGUGUAUGUGUGUCAUGAUGGUAUCGACAGAAGUGACAGUUACCAAUUACUUACCGUAUCCACAUUAUCUCCACUGAUAAGUACCUUGAAGAAUUCUCAGUAACUAUCCUGGGAGCAUUCAUGAAACAAUAGUGAUUUUCACUGAACUGUUUUAAGCUAUUGAAAUCCUUGCAUCUGAUUGGCACAGAACAAAUUAGUCAGUGAAAAUCACCAAGUAUUUGCCUUGUGAAACACUCCCCUGAUCAUACAUUCUUUUGUCGAGUUGCCAAAAAUGAGAGUAUCAGAAAGAGAAAGAUGUAUGACAUAGUUCCUGCUAAAAGCUGUAACUUUAGACUGGCCCAGGUGGGUGUUUCAUAAAGCUACUUGUAUUGGUUAAGAGUGACUUUAAGAACGACUGGUGAUCCUUUUUACGUGCUUAGUAAUCACCGAUGAAUAUAUUUAAUAUUGAAUAUUAUUUACCAAAAGAUUGUGGAUCACCAUUCAUUCUUAAAGUCGCUCUUAACUUACGAACAGCUUUAUGAAACGGCCCCCAGGUCUGCGUUAGGGUAUUAUACUGCACAAGUGCUGACUUGGAGGCAACAUGUACUGUAUGUACAUGAACAGAGGGCUGAGACAUCAACAAAAGUUAUGGUGUGCCUGUGACCAUAUUCGUGUCAUGGUGCAUAUCUAGAUCCUAAACCUUGUCACUUAUAAAUUUCACACAUUCAAGGGAGUCUCGUCCUGGGUCACCUUUCAGUGUGACCUUUGGACUAGUGCAUGUGGCUACAUGGAACUCUGAAUUUGUUUUUAAUUUAUUUCACCCUUGAACAUAUACUAGUACUUUGGAUCAUGCUUUCAAAUGUUCAUUAUUUUUCUCUUCUCCCUCUCCCCAUCCAGUACUAGUGUUAUACUGGCUUCCUUAGUACUUAAUUCAGCAUGUGUUUAUUUAUUUGAUUUUCUAGUCAAGCAAUGCUUUUCAACCCACUGAGGAACACUUUCAGUGGUGUAUCUGAAAAGGGGGACGGGGAUGUGCGCUAUUCUUAUUCAAUUUAAGUGCUGCCUUGAAAAAAAGUGUAUUCAGAAUAACAUUUCUUGAAAUCUUAAAGAUACUUGUGCACACUAUUUCAUGCAUCUUGUUGAUAUGUUUUUUAGUGGACAUCACAAAUUUGAAGUAAUCUAAUACAUGUGAAUUUCACAUAUUGGCUAAGUAUGUACUUAACGCUGUUCAUGUGGGAUCUUUAUCGUAGCAUUGGGAGUCAUCCUUCAUUGUAUAUAAUUCAUCAAGUGUAUUGUUCUGAUUGGUCUGUGUGCACAAAAACAUUGCUCUUCGUCAUCUUCUAUUUAUUAGAUUCACCUUACAAAAAGUAAAGACUUUGUCACAUCGUUCUUUGCAGACUUUGCAUGUGACUUGCAGAUGGCAAUUUCUGUUACCUGCAGGUCGCCAGCAUUGACAGUAUCUCGCACAUAUGACACACGCAGAAGCGCACGCAAGUUUGAUUUGCAAGCAGAAAAGUUUUGAGCAUGCUCUAAACUUUGUUGCGGGAGAGUUGCCUCACCCGCAAGGCUUGCACGGAACGUUGUGACAGGGUCUUAAGAACAUGUGUUCCACGCUUGAAUCCCUCAAGCUCAUUUUCUUUGCUAAUCGUCACGUUUCAUCUGAGACAAAACAUUGGGAAAUAAGUGUUAAAGCCACUGUGAAGUAGAAACACACAUCUUAAUUAUUCAACUGGAUUCCUGCUAGAUGAAUA